CACUCAUGCAUAACAGCCCACGAUGAAGACGGGUCCAGCAAAAGAACGUCCAUCAUGCAUCCAAUCCCAUUGCUGACUGAACAUCCAUCAACCUACUGACCACACAGCCAACAUGCCAACCGUAGACUCUGCCAUUCUUGCUCUGCUGGGUCUCGAUGCCAGCCAAGUCACCGCUGCAGGCCACGGUGGAAGCUCCUUCUCCAGCACCUCCAAGAUCACAGCAAAGCUCGAAGAUGGCAGCACCAAAUCAUACUUCAUGAAAUCCGGAAAGGGCUCCGACUCCAAAAUGAUGUUCGAAGGCGAGCACGCGUCUCUCAACGCCAUCCACGAUGCCGUUCCUACACUAUGUCCGAAAAGUUACGGAUCGGGCACUUUCUCCGACUCCAAAGACACCUACUUCCUCAUCACCGACUUCCUCGAUCUCUCCGCCCGAGGAAACGCUUCAGGCCAGUCUCUCGCCCAGAAACUUGCCAAACUUCACACCACCCCCGCACCCGUUCCAUCCGGCCACUCCACGCCCCAGUUUGGCUUCCCUGUCACCACAUGUUGCGGCGCCACACCCCAAGAUAACUCCUACUCCUCUUCCUGGGCAGACUUCUACGCCAACCAACGCAUCCGCGCCAUCACCAAGCAAGCUCGAGACCGCAAUGGCGCAGACAAAGAUCUCGAGACCCUCACCGAACAGCUGUGCGACCAGGUCAUCCCUCGCCUCAUCGGUGAUGACCAUCUCAACAAUGGCAAAGGCGUGACUCCUGUCGUCGUACACGGCGAUCUCUGGUCCGGAAAUGCUUCCACGGGCAAACUUCCCGGCAUGUCUGCACCCGAAGCCGUCGUCUACGAUUCAUCAGCCUGCUAUGCACAUUCGGAAUUCGAGCUGGGCAUCAUGAAGAUGUUUGGUGGCUUCGGCGGCAAGUUUUUGAAAGACUACCAUGAGCUUGUGCCGAAGACGGAGCCCGUCGAAGAGUAUGAGGAUCGAGUGAAGUUGUAUGAGCUGUAUCACCAUUUGAACCAUUACGCGUUAUUUGGAGGCGGGUACAAAAGCGGUGCAGUCAGCAUGAUGCGGGACUUGGUGAGGAAGUACGGUGGGAAAAGCGAGCUUUGAGACGGCGAAUGGAAGGCUGCCAUGUGAAGCGCAUGGACUACAUCUUACGAGAUUGCCACACAUUUGGACUGCAUCAGCCCUGGGAUCUCGGACCUGCGAACCUUCGUACUUGCGGAGAGCAAGAUGGGCAAGCUUGGAGAAAUCCUUCUGCACGAUCUCUCGUUACGACUGUGAUUUCAAGCCGACCUCCCUUUUUGAGGCAUAGUGCCUUAGCUACGUUGCGCAAGACGGAGAAACGAGGAUCAAAAGAAAUUUCCAGAUUACCGGACAGAGCCUGUGGUGCUGAUCCGCGUGCCUGUUUUGCUUUCUAGCGAUAGCCUGCACGAAGUUUCGUUGAUGUGAACCAAUGUGCUGUUGAUCACCAACGCAGAGGCACAAUUAUCGGGCACUGUCGCGUAUCCUCUUGCAUGCAGGAAGCUGCAUGGGUGGGGCGAUCCUUCGCUUACAA